AUGAUGAAACGGACAGCCCAGUGGUGCCGAACCCCGAAUCCCUGUGUGGUAACCUCCAGAGAGACCUCCUUCCAGGACAGGAGAGGACUCAAGCUUAAAAGAACCGGCAACAUCCAGGAAGAACAGGGUCAACCGGGGAAGAGUUGCUGCAGGAAUGAGAUGUAUUGUCGUAGAAGCACUCUGCCACCAACAAUUGCCAUUCAGCAAGAGGAAAUGGCAUCAUACUUUAAACUUUUUGAUGAUGACCUAAUCUAUGACUUUUUGUUGAUGGACUGUUGCUGUAAAAUGACUGACAAGUAUCUUCUGGCCAUGGUUUUUGUCUACUUCAAAAGGUCACAUUUGACCAUUGCAGAAUACACCAAGAAGAACUUUUUCAUUGCACUGUAUCUUGCCAACACCAUGGAGGAAGAAGAGGAGGAGAGUAAAUAUGAGAUUUUUCCCUGGGCACUGGGUAAGACCUGGAGGAAGAAACUUCCACAAUUUCUCAAGCAGCGGGACAGGUUUUGGGUGCGCAUUGAGUACAGAGCGGCUGUCAGCAGGCGCUGCUGUGAAGAGGUGAUGGCCAUCAUGCCAUCUCACUUUGUGUGGAAACGAGAGCGCUCAGAGCAACACAGUGGCGCUCAGAGGCAUUAUGAGGAAAGAGACACAGCCCGUCUUCCACGCGGGCCGACAGCCUCUCCAGUCCCUUGUGCCCACUGCAGCUGCAAGAGCACAUUCAAUCAGCAGCUGUACCUCCCCUCUAUACCCAGAAGCUCCUCCGUGCAAAGCUGCAACCCUACACUCCCUCUCAGCACUCACCUGAGUUUGGAGGAAACCCUUCCCAGGGCCACUGCCACUCGCACGGGGAGAAUUGAGACCAGGGACCAAACCCAGCAUUCUUCCCAAUGCAGUGAGGCAGUUGGCAACGAGUCUUCCAACUCGUCCAUUUAUGACGCUUCCAUGGAGUGGAUCAACAGAUAG